AUGGCCUCUUCCUCCAAAAGUGUGCCAUCUCUGCCGAGUUACGGGUCGGAAGGGUCGAGCAACGACGUUUUCCCCCCCAAGGAAGAGCAAGCUGCACUCCCUGAGGCAGAUGAACCCGCACUCCCUACCAUCACCGCCAUUCGCAUCCCAGCCGACGGCACCCUACCCUGCUUGAUCACCCUCCAACUUGUCAAGGCAACCUCAAACUACCACUAUAGUCUCUACGACUCCAACCUGUUGCGCCACUCAAAUGCCGAUGACAUGCGGGACAUCAAUCGUCACUCCUGUAAGUUUUUCAAUCCAAUGGUCGAUGAUGCCCAGAUCGACCUCGAUAAAUUGUACGACUCGAGAGACAGUUUGUACGAGAAAGCGACCUGGAGCCUGGAAGAACUUGAAAAUCAUCCCGGUCUACAUGCCCACUCAUAUGUCAAAGGCACUGACAAGUUUCUUGACGUCCCACUCGCCGAGAAAACAGAAGAACCUCAUUUGACCUUCACACACGCCAGUCUACGCCUUCAGCCAAAUGUCGUCGAUCCAUUCUGGGGAUCUGGAGAAGCCUGGAAUCACCGUGCCUUCCAACGACUGUACGCCGUCCCCCGCGAGUAUGCCGACCUGGAGAUGAUGACCGGCGAAUACCACAUCGUGUACACUCAAACACUAGGAAUGGGCUUACAUCCUAACAAAUGGGCAAGAGAUCGUGUAUUUGGUGACGCUUUCGUGUUGAAGAUGGCGAGUGGGAAGAAUGACGAGGGCGAUUGGUAUUAUGAGAACAUGCCACAGAAAAUUCUGCACUGCUCGUUGGGAAAUCAGUGUUUGGAGACGCUGAGGAGUGUGAGACCGAUUGCUUGGAAGUUUAUGGUGGGUGAGAGAGGCGGUGGGCCACCUGGGGUGAUCUCGCCUGGUACAGGGCUGAGAGACUGA